CAAAAAAAAUUUUAAUUCGAUCACUCCUGACUUUUGCUAAAUUUGCGCUUUUUUUUGGAGUUUUUUAUUUUGUGUUUUGUUUUUUUAAAUUUUCGCAUUUUUUCUUUUUGUGUUAUUCAUUUUGAAAUCAGUUUCGGCAAAUCUCUGUUGGAUAUAUUCCAACCAGUGCCCUUCUCUCUUCACUGUAAUCGAGUUGACUUUUAUUAAUUUACUGUCAGUUAAAUUUUUAAAUUUUCGACUUUAAUUGUUUAACGUUUAAAUACGGUAUUUCUUCUAAUAGUACGACAGGAAUGUUUAUUUUUCAACCUACCUCUAGAGGCUCAGUUUAUUAGAAGAGUAUGGUCUAAUAGAAAGAGUCGCACUAUUAGAAGAAAUACGGUAUAUUUUUUGUUUUUUUAACAAUUUUUUAAAAUACUUAUCAAUGUUACCCAGCCAAUCCUUAAUUUUAAACGGACCUUUUUCAUUAAAAAUGUCUAACUACACAAUUAAUUUAAUUUCUAAAUUGGGUUCUUCAAGAUCAAUCAGAAAAAUCUCUUUAUUCUUUUUAUUUAUUCAUCCCCAUUCAGCCGACCAAUUUCUCCCUUCAUCCAAAAAGCAGAGGUCAUUUUUUGCUUCUCGUGUUCUCAAUCUUUUUUUAAAGAUCUUGUCAAUUUUUAACGACCGGCUUCAACAAAAAAAUCCUUCGCUUUUUAUUUACACUAAAAUCUUUUUUAAAAGCUUUUGGUAUUCGCCAGCUUCUCCCCCCCCCCUUCCCCAUUAAUUUUGGAUUGCUCUCGGCGACGUUUUUUCUACUUAAAUCUUUACUGAUUUUUUUGUGCUCAACAACAACGAUGGCGGCGUUGACACUAAUCCUUUACCCUCGGUUGUCCAUCACUUUGGCGAUUCACAAAAAAAUUUUUCUUUGCACUGUCAAAAAUAUCCUAACAUUAGGGGGAUAUUUGUACUAUUUUUUAAUGCCCUCAUUAACAAAAAUAAAAUUUUUUUGUUUCUAUUUAUAUCCAAAAAUAUCGUGUCUUUAUCCUGCUCUUGGUUUUCAUCGAAUAACUUUGGCGCUUUUAAGGGCUACUUUACGGAUCAAGUUGUGGAUGGGAUAUAGGCUUUGAUUAAUGGGAGAUUAUUUGCUCCUAGUACUUUCUAUCCUGAGAUAGGCCAGAAUAACGUAUUACUCGUAAUAGAAUGCCCUAUCCUACCACUGAAUGCCCCCUCUAGCUGAAUACCCCUUUGGAAUACAAUCGGAAACUAGAAUCUUUGAGCAUUCUAUUAGAAGUAAUACGGUAGCCUCUAUUCAAUUAACUCAAAGAUAUUACUACCUUCACUAUUUUAUACUGGGACUGGACCUAGAUGAAUCCCGAACAAAAAUCUUGGUUAUCGAGAUCGAGAUUUUUCUACAUAUUUAUCUAUUUCGAUUCUCGUUCGACCCCUUCGGACAACUCUACUUUAUACUAAUGCAAUUAGGUAGUUUUUUAUAACUCUUCUCUUCGUUAAAUGUUAAAUGUUUCGUUAAAUGUUAAAUUCUUUUAAAUACAUUCUGUUUAUGGUUUAUUUUUAUUUGCACAAAUCCUCUUAUUUUUUUGUACAAAAUGCUUUUAAGCUUUCAUUUGCUAAAUUUGCGCAAGCUUUAAAAGCAUUAAAUUUUGGAUCUGUAAUAUAUAUUUUUGCAAAAAUCUGUUUUUAUUUAGUUUUUUUAUUGCUUAUUUUGUUAUUAAGAUUUUAAGUCUACAUUACUGUAUCAAAAGAUUAGCCUAGAAGUGUAUACAAGGGUUGGAGAUUCCUGGGAAUCUUUAGGUAUCCGAAGCUGGCAUGCACAAAAUUUUCGUUAGUUUUUUUUUCGUUUGGUCGCGUUUCGUCACACUACAUUUUGGAAUUUCGUGCGUAUCUGAUUCUAUCUGAAACCGAUGGCCGGACCUAAUAUUUCGGAUAUUCGGUUUUUUAAGUUCCGGAUGUUCGGAACUUAAAACUUUAUUGUAUCAGGGAUUUGCUGUUUUGCGUGUUUCAUUUUUUGCUUUUUGCAUACUAGAGAGCGAGCUGGAUCUGGAUCCAGACGUUUAUUUUUCCUGGAUCCGGAGUUAUUUUUCAAAGUUUCUUGAGUUUUCCUUGUCUCAAGGCAAGAUUAAUUUUUGCAUUUUU